UCAAAGGCAGUCCCGACCCAUCCGGGUCCGAAAGAAGAAUACACAGUGCAUAAAUCAAAAACCCUAGAAUUGUUAAUUUAGAUUUAUCGGUGAGAUAUAAAGACGGUGGUCGGAGUCGAUUUCAUCGUGUACGCUGGAGAAAUGUCUAGUCCCUGAUCACCUCUGGCUUUUUUACUGCCGAAAGUCACAGGGCACGUUCCCUGACGAAAUUGAUGAGUCAAGAUCAACAAGUUCAAGUUGGGAAUAUAAGAAAACCAGAGAGUGGAAUUCUACUAUCAUGAAUAAUAUAUAUAUAUAUAUAUAUAUAUACAUAUACACAUAUAUCUAUAUUAAUUUUCAACAACUUGCAUAACUUCCUCGAAAGUCAUAUAAAAUCACUUUUAACUCAAUCUCAAAGGUAGUAGUUUUGUUUUACGUAAACUGGAACCGCUGCAGCUUCUUUUACGUAAUUUUGUUUUUCCUCAGAGACAUAGAAUGGAGCCGUGUUUAAGUUGGUAGGUUUUUUUAAUUAUAUUAUAUUAUAUUACAUAUAAAUCGUGGUCAUUGUUGUUCAUUACAUCUCUUAUCAGUGUCAAUAUCAAUAUAAAAUUUGAAUUGGGAAAGAAUUUCGUAUAGAGAGCAACCUCCAUGAUGUUGCGAUUCGGUUUUAUAUAUCAUAAAAGGAAACCGCUGUAGCUUUUUUAAAAAGUCCAAGUUGCUCUUUGAUCAAAUUAAAAAUUGCAAGCUGUAAGAUGCUUUUGUACAUGUAAGUGGCCUUCUUUUAUUAUUUAUGCAGGCUGGCAGUUUGCAACGACACAUCAACCCCGCAAACUAGGAGUCAACACUUUCUCUCACCCACUAGAAAGAUGGACGCCAUCGCCCUGAAAGUUCUUCAGGGAUUGACCUCUUUGGCUCUUGAAGAGUUCAAAUUACUGUGGAAUGUUAAACAUGAUGUAGAAAGGAUGAAGAACACGAUCCUUGCAAUCAGAGCUACACUGUUGGAUGCAGAGGCGAAGGUCAACAACCAUCAACUGAGCUUUUGGCUGGAGAGACUCAAGGAUGUACUCGAUGAUGCAGAUGACCUGCUUGAUGAUUUAUCCACUGAAGCUAUGAGGAGGGGAAUCAUCACUCAAAACAAGGUGGCAAAGAAGGUACGGAUAUUCUCCAAAUCAAACUAAGUUGUUUAUAAUCUAAAGAUGGCUCAUAAAAUGAGGGAAAUCAGGGGAUGGUUAGAUGAAAUUGAUGAUGAGAGGAAAAAAUUCCAAUUGACUGAUCAUCCUCUUAAGCCCCUAUCUAUACAUGAAGAACGGAAACAAACAUGGUCGUUUGUGCAAGAGGAAGAAAUUGUUGGGAGAGAGGAGGAAAAAAAUCUCGUUUUACAUUAUUUGUUAGACAGCAAUAUGGAAUGUAGUGUUUCAAUUAUUCCCAUCGUUGGAUUUGGUGGGUUAGGCAAGACUGCACUUGCUCAACUUACGUACAACCACGAGGACGUUCAAACUUAUUUUGAGCUUAAAAGGUGGGUGUGUGUGUCUGAUGAAUUCGACGAGAGACAAAUCGCUCAAAAGAUUUUAAGACAAGAUAAAAUAGGAGAGAUGGAGCAAGUGCAACAGACUUUAGGCAAUUAAUUGACGGGAAGAGAUUUUUGAUGGUGUUAGAUGAUAUGUGGAAUGAAAAUGUUGAGCUUUGGCAUAAGCUGAAAAGCUUACUUGUCAAGGGCGCAGAGGGGAGCAAGAUAAUUGUUACCACACGUAGUGAGAAGGUGGGAAAGAUGAUAGGAACCUAUCCUCCUAUUAUCCUUAAAGGUCUGGAUUGUGCAAGAUCAUGGGAAUUGUUUUGUAGAAUGGCUUUUGAAGGGGGCAAAGAAUCAAAUGAUAAGGAUUUGUUGGCAGUUGGAAGGGAGAUUGUCCAAAAAUGUGCAGGAGUUCCUCUUGCUAUUAGAAUUGUUGGAAGGCUUGUGUAUGAUAAGACCUUAGAAGGAAUAGAUUUGUCAUACUUGUGGAAUUGUGAGCUUUGGAACAUAGAUCAAUUGGAGGAGAGAAUAUUUGCAGUGCUUAAACUCUCUUAUGAUCAUCUUCCUUCUCCCAUGAAGAAUUGUGUUGCUUUUUGUUCAUUGUUUCCAAAAGAUUUUUCAUUGAGGAAGCAAACACUAAUUCAAAUGUGGGUGGCCAAAGGAUUCAUUCAGUCAUCUGAUGAGAUGAGGUGUGAGGAAGAUGUUGGGCAUGAAUACUUUAUGAAUCUACUUUCUAGGUCCUUCUUCCAAGAUGUGGAAAGAAAAUCAUGGCGAUAUAGUGACAUGCAAAAUGCAUGACCUUAUACAUGAUUUAGCACAAUUUGUAGCAAAGCACGAGUAUCUUGUCAUUAGAGAAGGAAAAGAAGAGAGUCAUAAGGACACAACACGUCAUUUGU